UCAGUGCGCUGAACCACGACAAGAGCUCAAGCUCGGCAAACUUCCAAGAUGGGGAGGAUCCGCCUGACAGAUGUGUCUUGGAAGAGUCUGAGAGUCCAGGUGACAUGAAGCCACAUCCCUGGAUAUCUAAGGUGUGCUCCUGUAAG